ACCACCACUCCACACCAGUAAGAGGUGCAGGUAGCUUGUACUAAGGCGUAGCUUUGCUCUUGUAGCUAACUAGCUAGCUAACCAUGGCCGCCUCUGUCUCUUGCCUUUCUCUGGUGGUGCUCGUGGCUCUGGCUACGGUGGCGUCGGCGCAGUUGUCGCCGACGUUCUACGACACGUCCUGCCCCAGGGCCCUGGCCACCAUCAAGAGCGGCGUCAUGGCCGCCGUGAGCAGUGACCCUCGGAUGGGCGCGUCGCUGCUCCGGCUUCACUUCCACGACUGCUUCGUUCAAGGCUGUGACGCGUCUGUUCUGCUGUCUGGCAUGGAACAAAACGCGGCUCCGAACAACGGGUCGCUGAGGGGAUUCGAAGUCAUCGACAGCAUCAAGGCGCAGCUCGAGGGUAUAUGCAAGCAGACCGUCUCCUGCGCCGACAUCCUCACUGUCGCCUCCCGUGACUCCGUCGUCGCCCUCGGAGGACCGUCAUGGACAGUCCCUCUCGGGAGAAGAGAUUCCAUAGAUGCAAACGAGGCGGCGGCGAACCUGGACCUCCCAGGCUUUACAUCUAGCCGGUCAGAACUUGAGAUUGCUUUCAAGAACAAGGGGCUCGACACGGUCGACAUGGUAGCCCUCUCGGGCGCGCACACCAUCGGCCAGGCGCAGUGCGGGACCUUCAAGGACAGGAUCUACAACGAGGCUAACAUCGACACCACCUUCGCCACAUCUCUCCGGGCCAACUGCCCCCGGUCCGGCGGCGACGGCAGCCUGGCGAAUCUGGACACGACGACGGCCAACACGUUCGACAACGCCUACUACACCAACCUCAUGUCCCAGAAGGGGCUCCUGCACUCGGACCAGGUGCUGUUCAACAACGACACCACCGACAACACCGUCCGGAACUUUGCGUCCAACCCGGCGGCGUUCAGCAGCGCCUUCACGACGGCCAUGAUCAAGAUGGGCAACAUCGCGCCCAAGACGGGGACGCAGGGCCAGAUCAGGAUCAGCUGCUCCAGGGUGAACUCGUGAUCGACGGACGAGCUACUACCUACUAGUCGGCAGCGCUCGCAAGCACGACAAGUACGUGAAUGAAUAAGGCCCCAGCUGAACCUGUGGCCAAUAUAGGGUAUGUUUGGAUCUAAGGCAAGAACUAAACUAGCCUUGCUAAGCAAGGUUGGGCGUUUGGUAAAGAAAAAAAGAGUUAAUUACAUGUGCAAUA